AUGGAAGAACAAAACGACCGAGAUGUCGACCGAAGACUUUCCCAAAUGAAACGACAAACUAAGGAGUACGAAUUUAAUCCUAAAGGCAGUGCCGAGCAAGGUCAAGCAAGUUUUAAAAAAAUUGUGGCCACCAUUUCUAAUUAUGAUUUAUUUCCGGAAAAUGAAAUUGCCCCUGAUAAUAGCCCCGAAGCCCAGGCCGCUAUAAAGGAGUUAGAGGGAUUAUUGGAGAAAAAAUGA